AUGCACAAGCGGAAGGCGAGCGCCCCCGUCUUAGGGGACUGGCCCUGUGACUCAAAGCGCAGAUGUGAAAGAGGCAUCGAGGGAAAUGUCUCCUCUUGCAGAAAAGCCAAAUCGGAAGAACAUAAAAUAGUGGAUGAUGCUUUAUUAAAAUAUAAAGGCGGGGCGACAGGACUCUUCAGGGGGUUGAAAUUUGCGGCGAUAAAGGAGUUGGCAACUCGGCUGGAGAUCGCCCCGGUUGGGGACGACCCGGUUGAAGACGACCCGGUUGAUGAUAACCCGGUUGGGGACGACCCACUUGAUGAUAACCCCGUUGAGGAUAACCCCGUUGAGGAUAACCCGGUUGAUGAUAACCCACUUGAAGGGGAUAAUCUUUAUGGCGGCACUUCGAAGGGGAACCCACAGAGCAGUGCACACAGAUUCUCCCCCCCAGCGGAGAGACUCACAAAUACAAAUGCGGAACUCUCCCUUUUAGAGAAGGUUGGACAUGACGCUAGUAACAGGAUGUAUGGAAAGGUAAAAACGAGAGAGGAAAGUAAAGAGGAACUACCAUUGGGGGAACACCAUUUUGAGCAGAUGAAGAAAGAUGUAAGUGGCCCCCUAUUCGAUGGGAUGUCCCACGAAAGAGACGAACAGGUUGACGGAAAACAUGUGGGUAUAGCACAUUUUAAAAUUACAAAUAGAUUCAUCACGAAGGAAAAUGAGAACCAAAUAAAGAGCUCACCAUCCGACAUCGAGUCUAUGUCAGAGGGGGGCAAUAAUGGUGUUGGAUUACCUCUAUGUGGAGAUAAAUGGGUUCUAACAAAGCCCAGGGAGAGAAGUGAUAAUCCCAUGGUUGCAUCUACCCUGUGUACAGAUGCAGCUUCGACAAUUUUUGGGUCGAGUCUAAUUUACAACCAGUCACUGCAGAUGGGGAAUGGAUAUGCAAAGCAAAUGGAGGGAUGCAGAGCGACGGAGUGCCCCUCGUCAGAUCUGCCACACUGGGACCCACCCAAAAAUGAAGAUGAGGGUGAUGGGGGUGAUGGCAACGAUGGAGGCGAUGGAGGCGAUGGAGGCGAUGGAGGCGAUGGAGGCGAUGGCGACGAUGGAGGCGAUAGAGACGAUGGCGACGAAGAUGAUGAAAAAACCUUCCGCGACGGCAAAAUGGCCGCGUCCACCAAUGGGGGAAAAUCCUUCGAGGAGGACAAACCUGAGUUGAUGAGAGACCCAAGCGGUUACCCCCCCCUGAUGUCUACCCUAAGCGACGAGUUGCUGUGCUGCACGUCCAAUGGUAGCGAUGAAACGAGCAAGCGUAGUGGCACCCAUGAAUGCAUAACACUGCCAAAGGGAAAAGAAAGAGGAAGUACCCCUUGCAGAAGCAGCCAGGUAGACAUGAACCAUCAUGGGGACAUCCAACCUGAUGAGGAAAAAAUAUUUUGUGAAACCCUAACCAGUGAAGAGACCUCCUCCAAACGUAUUUACCAUUUUAGGAGAAGCAAAAAUAAUAUACAUAUAUACACACCAGGGGGAGGAGCCUACUUAACCAUCGAGGAUAACGGAGAGGAAGAGACCCCCGAGUCAAUAACGAGUGAACGAUCAAAUAAAACACAACACUGUGGAAGUAGCCAAAUGAAAGUUAAAGAGGAAAUUAAUCCUGGGGAAAAACAGAGGGACAUCCAUUUCGUGAAUACCCCAAGUGGCUCCUUCCUUCGAAAUACUGGAGAGAAGAAUAACCACACGUUUAAUCCAACAGGUGUUAGAAACCGAGAAGUGAUAUGCAAAUUGGAAUGUGCACAGAUGAAUGGCAAAGCCUGUUUUGUAGAUGGACCAAGAGACACAACUCCCCAUGAGGAGUGCUGGAGGGCGGAAUGGUUUGUCCAAAAGGGCUUCCAAGAAAUAAAUUACCAUAAUGGGGGUGACCGUGUGGCCAUGGCGAAGACGGAGAUGAGCAGAGAGAUGCACAGAGAGGUGAGCGCGGAGACUAAAACGGAGCCAAACGCGCAGACGAACACAAACAGGAAGACUGAAAUGGGUAGUGGAAGCUUCCAGGUGAGCCACCCCUACGGAGUGGAGCACACACCCCGGAGCAGUCACAACCACGGGAAUGAAAGCUCACUUGUGAAAAAGAGUAGACAGUUUUCCGUGUCUGUGUAUGGACCUGAAAACGCGAGACUGUUCGCCCUGUUCGAACUAAUCAAAUACAACUCCGUUCCGGAUGCCUUGAGGGAUGAAGCCAAUCUGUGCAUCUGCACCAUUAAGAAAAAUUUGAUGGUGCAGGGGGGGUCCUCGAACAAAUUUCGCAGCGGUCACUUCCUGCCUCUUAUGUUUGCCGAUUGGGACGAUGCCUACUCACCUGCCUUGCUUAGAAAAAUACAGGGAGAAUUGGUGCGCAAUUGGGGCCAGUUCACCGACGGGGGGUGCAGCGACGUGCACAGGGGUAGCAGCGACGUACAUAGGGGUAGCAGCGACGUACACAGGGGUAGCAGCGACAUAUACAGAGGUAGCAGCGACAUAUACAGAGGUAGCAGCGAUAUAUACAGAGGUAGCAGCGACAUAUAUAGAGGUAGCAGCGACGUACAGGGCUGCAGUGGCAGCAAGGAGGAGCCCCCGCGAGCUGCGCCCCACUUUGAAGGAUACAGUUUUCCUCGCAAAGGGAACCACGCGGGGGGGUUCGAUCACGUGGUUAGAUGCGGCGGAGACUUCACUAGCCUAGGGGAAAACCCACCUAACUGUGCGCCAAACCAGGGAAGUGACCACCCUAGCCUGGUAAAUAAUCACCCUAACCUGGUAAGUAACCACCCUAACCUGGUAAGUAACCACCCCAACUUGACAAGUAACCACCCCAACUUGCCAAGUAACCAUCCAAACCGCGUGAACAACUGCACCGGUCAGGCGGACAAUCCCUCCUCACACAACAAGAAUAACCUAGUCCACAGCAUCGACGCGUAUAACCUGCACUCGAGGCACAUGGCCCACACGUUCGCGGCGAACAAACCCUCGAUGGUAAACCUGCGCAAGGAUUUCAACACCAGAGAGCAUGUCUACCGGCCCCACGGAGAAGAAAUCCUUAAGCUACAAAAUGGUUACUCAUUCGGGCAGUUGGACGAAUACACAAAUGGGGGUAACUCAAAUGGGAGUAACUCAAAUGGGGGUAACACAAAUGGGGGUAACACAAAUGGGGGUAACACAAAUGGGGGUAACUCAAAUGGGGGUAACAGAAACUGGGGCCUGCGCGUCAACCAUCCUGGAUACCAUUACAAUUACGCGCGGGGUGAAGACAAGGUGAACAACAUGGCUACCUGUGCGUCUCUCCACAGCUACCAAAAUGGGUACGUAAAUAGCCAUGAGGAUGUGAGAGGCCCUCCGGACAACCUGACCGCUGACUUGACGAUCUUUGGAAACUAUUUUCACCCCGAUGGGAAUGUGGUUAAUUGCAAAAUGGAUAAGAGUGCCCCCACCUUUGGGCCAAAGAUGUCGAAUGGGGGUGGCAACGUGUUUGAUCAGUUCGGUGUGGGAGCUGCACAUUUGAGGGGUUGA